AACUAUAACGGUAUAUAAAAAGACAAAAGUGAUCAGUUUGGCGUCCGAGAGCUAAAUUUAGUUAGUCGACAGUGAAGCGUGUUGUAAUGGUGAAGUGUGUAGUCACAGCAUGACCACGUGGAUGGCGCUGUUUGGGCUAGUGUGGCUGCUGCGAGUGCGCGGCUCCCUCUGUGGUUGUGCCGCGUGCAAGCGCGUCAGACACGAGACCACCGAGAUCCCGAACGUUAGCGCAGCCUCCCAGAGUUCACCAACAGAAGAACGGGCGUCUUUUGACGUCAUCGCGCUACAGCACUACACUCGUGACGUCACCGUACAAACUGACUUCGAGGACGAAGAGAUCGAGGACCUCGAUAAGAUCGAACUCCAAAUAUCUGAGGAAUCUAACGUGGGUAACUAUGAGUCCGGCCGAGAGCAGACUGCACAAAGUCCCGGAAACGCCCGACGUUCUGCAGGAAGCUACCAGUACACUUCAGAAGCGGACGAGUCUGACUGGGAAACUUGUGACGUAACGCUGGAGCGGGGUGCGAGUGGUCUUGGGCUAAGCAUAGCAGGGGGCGAGACAGACGGCGACGUCACAAUCACCAGACUAGCAGCCGGAGGGGCAGCCAAGAAAGAUGGCAGACUACAAAUAGGCGAUGUUUUAUUGCAAGUUAAUGACAUCUCCGUGGAGGGUGCGUCGCAUUCUGUCGCAGUGGAUGCAUUGCAAAAAGCGGGCAACGUUGUCAGAUUACGAGUUCGCCGUGCCCGAAGACCAAGGGUGGUGUCGUUGUGGCGUGGCGUUCGCGGCCUCGGACUCGGUAUAGCGGGAGGGUCUGAUGACGCGGCUGGAGGAGGAGGCGUUUUUAUAUCACAUAUAGCCGUCGGUGGUGCAGCACAUCACGACGGCAGACUGAGAUUAGGCGAUAAAAUACUUGCAGUCAGGGAUGAAGAUGGAAUCGAGACAUCGCUUGUCGGUGCGACUCACGCACAAGCAGUGUCUGCACUUCGGAAUACAGGGGAGCAAGUUACCUUAGUAGUAUUACCAGCCGGUUCGGUACCGCCCGUUGCCAAAACCGCACCGCUUUACACUACGAGAACACAAGCUACUUCGUGCUCAACACUGCACGAACUUCUUGAGGAGGAGCCAAGUGAAAUACCGAGAUGUGUUCGGAUGGUUCGCUUGGUCCGUUCUGGAUCGCGGCUAGGUAUGGACAUCGUAGGCGGUCUUGGCGGUGACUCUGAAGGGAUUGAAGGCGAGGAGGAUACGUGUGGGGUAUUUGUUUCGGGAGUAUCCGUGGCUGGAGCAGCUUACGGCAUGCUGCAUAGAGGGGACAGGAUACUAAGCGUUGAUGGACGUGAUUUAACAAGAGCCACUCAUGAACAAGCUGCCGCUGCGUUGAAGAAACGUGUGCUCCAAGGCCAGAUUAUAGGGAAGAAAUUGAGUAGAUUGCUAGAUUUUAUAAAAAUACCUCUAGCUAUGUAUUCUGGGAGUGCAGUGACGAUAGCUGCACAAUACCAACCGGAGCAGUAUGAAAGACUAAGGGCGCGGAUACGAGCAAUCAAUGCAGCUGCGAUGUCGCCUCACGCCGUACAUGCCACCCAUGUUCCUGUACAUCCGGACUUACACACCAUGUACCCAAGUGCAGUGACGAUAGCUGCACAAUACCAACCGGAGCAGUAUGAAAGACUAAGGGCGCGGAUACGAGCAAUCAAUGCAGCUGCGAUGUCGCCUCACGCCGUACAUGCCACCCAUGUUCCUGUACAUCCGGACUUACACACCAUGUACCCAAGAUACAGAGUCAAACGAGACAAAGAUAUGGGUCACCAUACAAUUUACAAGGUCUACUCACCGUCGAGGUUUUACUAUGCGACCGUCGGAUCACUUUAUAUCAUUAAUGACACAACCCCUGGGCCCGAAAUUACGGCCGCCCCCUAUGAAAUUUCCAUGUAA